AUGAGAAAGUGUGAGCUGUGUGAAUGUGUGGCGAGAAUGUACUGUGAAUCGGACCAAGCUAACCUGUGCUGGGACUGCGAUGAGAAGGUUCACCGAGCCAAUUUUCUUGUAGCCAAACACUCGAGGAGUCUCUUGUGUCACGUCUGUCAGUCUCUCACGCCGUGGAAAGCCUCAGGCCCGAAGGUCGGCCCGACGGUUUCUGUGUGCGACACGUGCGUCACUUCUGCUCAAUGUGAAGCUCAUGAUACUGAACUUGUUAAACCUGAGAAUAAUCAGACCGAAAGAACCACCGGUGAUGAUGAUGAUGAUGUUGAUGAAUAUGAUGAAGAUGAUGAAGAAGAAGAUGAUGAUGAUGAAUAUGAUGAUCUUGAUGAGGAGGAAGAUGAUGAAAAUCAAGUGGUUCCGUGGUCAGGUGAUUCACAGUAUCCUCCUCCUCCUGUAGCGAGUUCUUCAUGUAGUAGUAUCAGUGAAGAAGAAGAGGUUUCAUUGAAACGAGGCCGCGAUUGCGGUGAUUUUUACUCUGAUGAUGAAAUCGGUUGUUCAACUUCUCAACCGUGCUCUAGAGCAGCCGCUAACGAGGAAGCGAACUCUUCUUUGAGCACAUUUAGACCGUUGAAACAAGCAAGAACAACAGCUGAGGAAGAUCGUGGUCAAGCAGACUCAAGAUCAAGGACUGUUAUUAGCUCUCUGCAGAGACUCCAAAAACAGAUGAUUACAAACGACGGUGACGCCUCCGCCACAAUUCUUGGGAUCUAUCAACUGAGCAGAGAUAAGAACCGUUGAUCUCCCUUCCACUGUUGAACUCAGCAAAGACGAGAACCGUUAAUUUCUCUUCCACUAACCUUACAUUAUGAGGUAGCUUUGUUCUUUAAUUAUCACUAACCAAAGUUAAUACUCCUUAGCCUUAGUUAACUUUGUUUAGAUCAAAGGGGCCUAUUUAAUCUUUCUUGUGAAUUAUUAAAAAAAAAAAAAAAAAAAUUGUUGCCAUCGUAUUGGUUCCUUGAAAUAGUACAUGUGUACUUAUUGUGCACGUAUUUCCUGUCGUUUGUUAAUGUAUGUCUUCGAGGAUGUAAUUUGAAUCUUGAUUUUAAGUCUGUUAAAA